AGGUUGUAAGGAGGCGGCCGAGAGAGGUUGUUGGGGGGUGGGUAGGAAGCUAGGGUUAGAGGCUACCGGUGAGGCUAGAAUCCCAGCGUGGUCGUUUGGAGCAGAUAUGUCUGUCCGGAGGCACAUUGGGAAUCCUGAGUAUCUGACCAAAAGAAUACCACAGAAUCCACGGUAUCAGCAUAUCAAGUCAAGACUGGAUACUGGUAACAGUAUGACUAAAUACACAGAGAAGCUAGAAGAGAUCAAAAAAAAUUAUAGAUACAAAAAGGAUGAGCUUUUCAAGAGACUAAAAGUUACAACUUUUGCCCAGCUGGUCAUCCAAGUUGCUUCCCUAUCUGAUCAGACACUGGAAGUGACAGCUGAAGAGAUUCAAAGGCUGGAAGACCAUGAGUCCUCGACGACUUCAGAGCCCGAUGACAGGGAAAUCAGUGCCAGGACCAACGGGAAGGGGAGCCUCGGGGAGCAGUCGCCAAGCCCCAUGCAGGUCCUAAGCAGCACGGGAGCAGGGGACUCCAGCCGCUCGACUCUGCAGAGCGUCAUCAGUGGUGUUGGGGAACUGGAUCUAGACAAAGGGCUAGUGAAGAAAGCAGAGCCCACCGCCAAAGACAAACCUUACCCCGACUGCCCCUUCCUGCUACUAGAUGUGCGAGACAGAGAUUCUUACCAGCAGUGCCACAUUAUUGGAGCUUACAGUUACCCAAUUGCAACUCUGUCUAGAACAAUGAACCCUUAUUCAAAUGACAUUCUUGAAUAUAAAAAUGCCCAUGGCAAGGUCAUCAUUCUGUAUGACGAUGACGAGAGGCUGGCCAGCCAGGCAGCCACCACCAUGUGUGAGCGGGGCUUCGAGAACCUCUUCAUGCUUUCCGGAGGUCUAAAAGUCUUAGCUCAGAAAUUCCCAGAAGGACUGAUUACGGGUUCCCUGCCAGCGUCUUGCCAGCAGGCCCUUCCUCCUGGCUCUGCCCGGAAACGAUCGAGCCCCAAAGUGCCACCCCUGCCAGCUGAGAAUAAAUGGAGAUUUACCCCAGAAGACUUAAAAAAGAUAGAAUAUUACCUGGAAGAGGAGCAGGGUCCUGCAGACAAUCCUAGCCGCCUGAGCCAAGCUAACACCUCUGGAAGAGACUCCAAGGUUCCAGGCACCCGCAGCGGUCAGAGCCUACCUGCCGGGGUCCCCACCGGCCCCCCGAACCCUCGCUCGCUCAACAGCGGCCACCUGCAAGGCAAGCCCUGGAAGUAAAGACUUUGUCUGUCUUAGUCGAAUAAAUACUUUUUCUCCUUUUGGAACUGCCCAGGGGUUCCAAGUUGGUCAUUUUCAGAAACUGCUGCACAGGAAAGACCCCCCUGCGUGUGACAGGCCCUCUUCCCUCUGCCCCGGGGCCAGCACUUGCCUGCACUCAGCUCGGAAGGAGUUUUACAAAAACCAGAGGCAUGACAGGCUCUAGCGUCCUCCCUGUUGUUUACAGAAUAUUUAAGUUUCUGAAACUGAGCAGGAAAAAAAAAAGUCUAAUGUUUUAGGUCCUUUAAAAAAAAAAAAAAAAAAUGGCCCAGCUUGUAUUGGGUCAUAUCUUGCAUUGUUUUGUAAAUUCUUCAGUCCCAUCUGGUAUGUUCUUCCCAGGCAGUUCUUUUUCACUCAGUGAUCUUGGUUUCAUGAAGAUUCUCCAGGUGGAUUUUGUAGCAGCCAUCUCGGGGUUGGGGGCUGUGGAAGGUUGGGGGAGUGGGUGCUUCUCAUCUCUCAGCACCCCCUAGCCGUGGGCCCACUGGUCUGUUAUGAGUUGGGAGGCGACGGGGGACACCUGGAGCAUUGCUUGGUUUUCGGGUGUGUUAGAGCCACCCUCACACUCCCUGAGUGUCCCUCCCCGCUGGCUGUUUUCCUGGACCAGCCCUGUAACGAUGCCCUCACACAGGGCAUGAGGGCUCCUCACCAGGACGCCCUGUCUGCCGGACGGUCCUGUGUUAGGGCCACUGCUGCAGCCCCACUGCCCACCCCGACCUGCCCCUCAUCGGCUGUCGGUCUCCUCGUUGUACAUUUCCACUCCCCAGCUCAGGCCCGUCCUUCUUGGAUGGAUAGAAAUUAUGGCCCCUUGAAAACAGCAGCGUCAGUUGGGCGACCUCAGGCAAACAAGGUGAGGACAACUCCAUGGUCCUUUGUCAGGGCUGACAGCCCCUUGAAGCCCUAGCUUUAAAAUACAGUAUUAGUCUAAUUGAGUAAUUAGUGCAAUUUCCUGCUUACUUUUCAUUCUCAUGACUGAGCUGUGAUUAGGAGGUUGUGAUUACAGAUUCUGGUUUGGGCCAGAAUUUUGAAUCAGCAUUAAUUGAAUUGCUAGGUGACUGACAUUCAUUCCAUUUAAUUGGAGGAACAAAAGACCUCAGGUAAGGAUGAGGGACUCCGAAAUCAUCAGGCAAAGGGAAAGAGCCUUGUUAAUUUUUAUGGUCUGUGAUUUUUAGCUGUGAUAAGGGACUGAGGAAUAAAUUGUGCACUUUGUCAUGGCAACCGGCUUCUGAAAAGCCAACUGAAAAUUGCCUGUCCUUAGGUGGUUCCUGCUCUCGGUAAGAUUUGCCUUAACGGGACCAUUUUCUUGCCACCAAAAAAAAAAAAAAGGGAAGGAAGGACGGAAGGAAGGAAAGAAAAAGAGAAAGAAAGAAAGAAAGAAAGAAAAGAGAGAAAGAAAAGAAAAAGUACUACAGUAUUUCUGUAUUUCUAGAGUUGGGGGCUGUGUUUGUAAGAGAAAUAAAGGUAAUAAAUAUCUCAAAGAGACAUAUGGAAAAAUAACUCUCAGAUUCAGCCCAGUUGUGUUUUAGUGUGUUUAUUCUUCUCUACUUGAUUUCCAAAGUGCAACAUAUUCUGACGCUUUAGAAAUCAAACAAACCAGGGACAUUGUUCAGAUGUCAAGCCGUGCCCAAUUUUCCACAAGAUUCAAGAAUCCUGUAUAAAAUGCAGCCAACGUACACAUAGCUUUAAUGAGGAGCCUGUCAUGUUGCCCCAUAAAUUUAUUGCCUGAGAACUUAGUUCAGCCUUUUGCUAAUGCCAGAAUGCUCUGGCUUUUUAUUUUCUUUACGGCACAGAUUUUAAAAAAUGCAAAUUUUUCCACACUCAACUUUCCCCUAGCAUGGACAAGAUUUUCAGCCAUUUAUGACACAUAUAGAUUUUCAAGGGGGGAAAAAAAUCUCUCUGUGUAACAAAGUUCUGUUUAUGCCAUUUUAAAGUUGACUAGUCAGGAGUUUCGAUUCCCCAUUCAAUUCUAUUUUGACAGGAAUGGUAGUCCUCCUUUGUUCCGACUCUGCAUUCCGAUCACCAAACACCCUAGAGUAUUAGAACCUACUUUGUGUGUGUGUGUAUGUAUAUAUGUAUAUGGAAAGUCACCAUAGCCAAACCUCAUAGAAUCGCUGCGCAUUUAGCUGCGACAUCUGGCAGGUUGAAUAUAUUUGUGUGUGUUUCUCUGUAGCGCUUUGCCUGUUGAUAAGGAUUUUAAACCACUGCUCCUCAAAGACCUCUUCUGAUUCUGCUCUUUGUGUGUUAAGUGUCCACUCGCAGACAGUUUUUUACACGCUCGAGUUACUGCUUCGAAUGUUCUACUCUGUUAGCUUCUUCAUUGGAUUAACUGACAUGUAUUAUUGAAGUGAUCGGUGGUACUUUGUGCAAUUAUGAAUGUUGAAGAUUAAAGUACAUAGUUAUUAA